AUGGACAGGACUCGAUGGCUGGAGCUCGUGCGUAGCUGCCGGAGCCUGAGCGACGCGCGAUUGAUCCACUCCCGCAUGGAUCCCGCGCUAAUCGACGAUGUCUUCGUGUGUAACAAGCUGAUCGAGAUGUAUGGGCGGUGCGGGAGCCCCAAUCUUGCGUUCCAGCUCUUUUGCGGCAUGGCUGCCGCGACGAGGGAUUCUUUCUCUUGGGUUCUCAUGCUCUGCGCGUACUCCCGCAAUGGAUUUGUGCGGCAAGCCAAGCAGGUCUUCGAUUCCAUGCCGCGAUGGAAUCUAAUCGCCUGGAAUGCGAUGCUCGACGCAUUUGCCCAACAAGGGAAUCUUUGCGAGUGCCAGAGGAUAUUCCAUGCGAUGCCGCGUAGAGACGUCUUCUCUUGGACCACCAUGAUCUUUGCCUGCGCCACUGAAGGGAGGGUGGAUUAUGCGGCGUAUCUUUUCGACGCGAUGCCGCUUCACAACGUUGUGUGCUGCAAUGCGAUGAUCCUGGCAUAUACCCGGCAAGGGAAUCUGGGCGAGGCCCACAGGAUAUUUGGACGGAUAGACGGCCCGGAUUUAUUCUCGUGGAACACGAUUUUGUCUGGCUACGCGCGCAAGGAUCAAGUGGUAGAAGUGGAGUCACUGUUUGAGUCGAUGCCAUUGUGGAAUAUUAUCUCGUGGAAUGUGCUGCUCUCGGCUUAUGCUCAAAGCGGGCAUAUACUUCUCGCGAAGGUGAUAUUUAGUAAGAUGCCUGUGAGAGAUACCGUGUCAUUUACUUGUAUGUUGUGUGCCUUCUCGCUAGUCGGAGAUUUUGAGCAAACAAAGCAAGUUUAUGAUAGUAUGCCUUGGCAGGAUUUAAUCACAGCGAGUGCAAUGCUAGCCGCUUAUGCGCAACACGGGUAUCUAGAGGCAGCAAGACUCUUGUUUUGUAGCUUGCCCUUUGUAAAUAUCAUUAUUUGGAAUACAAUGAUAGCUGCAAUUCUACAAGCUUUCAACUUGGAGGAAGCUAAAAUACUGUACAAAUGUAUGCCGUAUAAGAACGUAGUGUCGUGUAAUACGAUGCUCUUUGCAUUUGCCCAAAGCGGGGAUCUGUACGAAGCUAAGACGUUAUACGAUAGCAUGCCACAUCAUACUAUACUCUCGCACAACGCUAUGCUUAGUGCUUACGCUAAUGUGGAGGACUUGCACGGAGCUUUGGGAAUCUUUAAGUCCAUGUCAGCAAAGGAUCUGGUGACGUGGAAUUCCACGCUAGCGGCAUUUGCCGGAACUGGGCAUUUGGAGGAGGCCAAGAAGCUGUUCGAUUGCGACAUGGCACAGCACGACGUGGUGUCUUGGAACGCUAUGCUGGAAGCUUAUGCACGCUGUGGACUCGUGGACGAGGCUAGAAAGUUCUACCUUAGAUUUCCUCAGCGGAAUGUAGUUACAGGGAACGUCAUGCUUGCUGCGUACACGCUAAACGGGUGCAUUUUCGAAGGAAAGGAGUUUUUCAACUCCAUGCCACAAAAGAACGUCGUCUCCUGGACGUGCGCGAUCCAACACGGGCUCGUGAAAGACGCCAGGAAGAUCUUCAAAGAGAUGCCGGAACGAAACGUAGUGUCUUGCAAUGCGGUGCUUGCAGCGUCAGCUCAAAGCAGGCAACACUGCAAUCAGACUUUCGAAACUUUCCACGGGAUGAAGAUGGUUUUUGCCCCGGACGAUGCGUGCUUCGCGUCGGUGUUGGUCGCUUCCAGCCACCAGGGCGAUCUCGGCAGUGGAAGAUCAUACUUCCAGUCGAUGAGCGUGGACUUUGGGAUUCAGCCCUCGAAGCAGCACUACCGAUGCAUGGUGGACUUGCUCGCUCGUGCCGGGCGCCUUACCAAGGCCGGGGAGCUCGUCGAAACCAUGCCUUUCGAGGCCGAUGGCUUGGACUGGAUGUGCUUGCUUGGAGCGUCAAGGAGUCAUAGCAGCAUCCAUGGCGGCCUUGGUGCUACCAGGCAAAUCCUGGGGAUGGAUCCGGGGUAUGGAGCAGCAUACGUUCUGCUCGCUAACUUGCACUGCUCGAACACUGGCGGUUUCCAUGGCGGAUUUAGCAAAACGGAGAGCUUGUUUAGUUUGUAA